CCCAAUCGGCCAGCUAAUUUAGCUCUUCUCUGUGAACAGACCCUGCUUUGCUAGGUUUGUUGAGAGGAUUUCAAUAAGCUUCUGUAGUCAUGAUGGGGUGGCAGAGGCAUUUACAGUCUAUACUUUGUCACGUUGGCAGAAGAAAUGCCCAAAUUGAGAGUGCAUCCUUAAAUAUAUCGGGUGCUCGUAAAAUUUCCUCUUAUUUACUAGGUGAAUUUCCAUAUCAACCGAGAACACUACCAUACACAAAUAUUCCAAGACCUCUUCAUCAAUAUUUACAACAGUUGGGCAUCUCAAGUUCGAGGAAAUUACUUGCAGAGUCGUCUGAUAUAACACCCAUUUCUUCUCCAUUGAUACCCAUUUCAGCACCAAAUAAUGGAAAAACUGAAACCCAGGCUGUUGUGUCUAAACCUUCAAAAGUUCAAGCAGUUUUAAAGGGCAUUAAACAGAGUCCCAAGAAGGUGAAUUUGGUGGCUGCAUUGGUUCGUGGCAUGCGUGUUGAAGAUGCAUUGUUGCAGUUGCAAGUAACAGUAAAACGUGCUGUGAAGACUGUCUAUCAGGUUAUUCACUCAGCCCGUGCAAAUGCAACCCAUAAUCAUGGGUUGGAUCCAGAUCGUCUUCUCGUUGCGGAGGCAUUUGUUGGGAAGGGAUUCUUUAAAAAGAGAGUGUCAUACCAUGCAAAAGGGAGAUCUGGAAUCAAAGUCAGACCAGAGUGUAGGUUGACAGUGGUAGUGAGGGAGAUGACCCCUGAAGAGGAGGCUGAGAUAGCUAGACUGAGAGUCAGCAAUUUCCGCAAACUCUCGAAGAGGGAAAGUCGGCUUGUACCACAUAAACUUAUUGAGACCACUCCAAUAUGGAACCGCAAAAGCAAAGCUAGUAAACCAAAUGUUAUAGCUUGAGGGAGGAGGGGGGGGGGGGGGGGAGAGGGGUUACCCUUUCGGAGUUUUAUGCCCAGAGUAGAAAAUAAUGUCUUUACUUGGUUUCAAAGUUGUUUGCAUUUCAGGUUCAAAUAUUAUGAGAUGUUAUUUCCAAUGCUUCUCUAUUCAACCAUUCUUCAUAUUUUUCCAUUGUAGCAGAACUUAUGUCGAGGUUCAAACUAAAAUAUCAGUUGAUAUCAAACUGGAGUGGCAUCUGCAAGCCUCGCAUAUGCAGCUAGAAGCAUUUUUUACUGUUGUAAUUUUUUCUUUAAUUUAUUUUCUUUAGUUUGUGCUUUA